AUGAAUUUCAGCAAGGGAGUUGCCCGAGUGAGUUCGUCUCUGCGUCUUGGGGGCUCCCGAGCUAAAUGCAGCUCGCACGGUACAACAAUCAGGGGAGCUGCUGCUGUUGCUGCAGUUUCAGGAAGAUGCCUCGGUGUUCGUGGAGGAGCAAACAGACGUCUGCACGCCACGGUACCAGCUGCGGAAACGCCAACCAGCGACACAGCUGCAGAGAAAGAGGCGUCGCCAGUGUUGUCUAGCCUUCAGGCUUGGAUGCGGAAAGAGAACAUGGACUGCUUCAUCGUGCCAAGCGACGACCCACAUCUGAGCGAGUAUGCGUCCGAGUGCUUUAAUCGGAGGGCUUUCGUGUCGGGCUUUACGGGAUCGGCUGGGACGGCAGUGAUCCUGAAGGAUGAGGCUCUUCUGUGGACGGAUGGGCGGUACCAUCUUCAAGCAGAUCAACAGUUGGGCAAGGGCUGGAGGCUCAUGAAGGCUGGCAAGCCCUCUGUUCCAACUAUCCAGGAGUUCCUUGCGAAGCAUCUGCCGACGCAAUCUCGCGUGGCAAUCGAUCCUUUCGUGCACUCAGCUUCCUCCGUAAAGGCUCUCGAAAAGGAGCUCGGUGCUGCAGGCAUUUCCGUUGCCGCGAUUGAUCACGCCGGCGAUAAAAACCCGGUGGACAAGAUCUGGGGUGAAACGCGACCAGCGCCUCCCAAAUCCCCUGUUCGGAUACACAAGAUGGCGUAUGCUGGUGAAACCGUCAAGGACAAGCUUGCAAAGAUCCGUAAGAGCAUGCUGGAGGAGAAGGCGGACGUUUUCGUGAGCGGCCUGCUGGACGAGGUGGCUUACAUCCUCAACAUCCGCGGGGACGAUGUUGCGCACUCCCCGGUAGCUAUUGCGUACCUUCUCGUCACGGAGAACGGGGCGACAGUGUUCAUCGACGAGGCCAAGAUGUCCACUGAAGUUGAGGCGGAGAUGAAGGAGCACGGGGUAGAGGUGCACGGGUACGAGGAGGCCUUGGAGGCGGUCCGCACGCUUGCGAAGCAAGGAAAGAAAGUGUGGAUCGACCCAGAAAGGGUUAAUUUCGCGUUCGCAAACGUCGUCGGGGAGGACGACCUCAUCGCAAAGCCCUCGCCAGUGUCUAUGGCGAAGGGGAUCAAGAACGCGCCGGAACUUGAAGGGAUGCGGGCAGCUCAUGUCCGUGAUGGAGUUGCUAUGGUGCUGGCGUUGUCGAGGUUGGAGCGCGAUGUAGCAGCGGGGCAAGUUAUCACUGAGGUUGAUAUUGACCAACGGGCGACUACUGCAAGAUCACAGCAAGAUAAAUUUGUGGAUUUGAGUUUUCCCACCAUCGCGGGGGAGAAUUCGAACGGGGCUAUCAUUCAUUACUCGGCGACGCCUGACUCAUGCCACACCGUUGGACGAGAAUCUAUGCUCUUGCUCGAUUCUGGAGCACAGUACGAGGACGGCACUACAGACGUUACUCGGACGAUGCAUUUCGGGGAACCAACGGCCGAACAGAAAGAGGCGUACACUCGCGUCCUUCAAGGACACAUCGGCCUUGCAACAGCCCAGUUCCCUGAUGGAACGCCGGGAUUUAUGAUAGACGCAUUUGCGCGGCGUCAUCUAUGGGACGCUGGGUUGGACUACCAGCACGGUACGGGACACGGCGUGGGGGCCGCGUUGAACGUCCACGAGGGUCCACACUCUAUCAGUUCACGGACGGCCAACACUACGCCUCUUGAGCCCGGAAUGAUCGUGAGCAACGAACCUGGAUACUACAAGCCAGGAAGCUUCGGGGUUCGUAUCGAAAACUUGCUCGAGAUCGUGGAUUCUGGGAUCUCCAAUGAGACUCUUGGGCGAAGAUUUUAUUCGUUCGCGCCUCUCACCUUCAUCCCGAUGCAAAAGAAACUCCUCGACCAAACACUUCUAACGUCCAAGGAGCUGGACUGGCUGGAUGAGUACCACGAAGUGGUUUGGACAAAACUGCACAAGCUGGUGAAGGACGAAGAGGCUCUCGCUUGGCUAAAGGAAGCCACAGCCCCAGUUGUACGGCAACCAUAGAAAAGUCGGCACCCGAUUGGUCGUGAGAACGCCUGUCUUUCCUGUCGAGACAUAUGGAGGACGUAGCGUUUAGGCGAGUGGCAGUAGGCACUCAGUCGGAGCCAGAUUCUCCACCCUUCUCUUCCCUAUCGCUGGUGCUGCUGUCGUGGAUCCCGGCAACCUCCGCGUCCGUGGUAUUCCGCGCCUUUACUCCAUGUUCUUCAACGAUGCACGUGGGAUGUGGUGGUGGAAAUAUGACCUCCCUUGGGGUUUUCUGUUAUCUUCAGUGCUGAAUGCAUCUGAAGAAGGUCGAGGUAGAGGUCCUUGUGGAUCAAUGCGGAUUGGAGUAUUGGCGUUUUUUAGGUGAACAAUCCAAGCUUGUAAGUAUAUGUUUAGAUUU